AUGGUUGCUAAACUGGACUCCUCUGACAACAGCACUAUUGUCAUCAGUGCACCCUCAGCUCUUGAUGAUGGUGCCAUUCUUGCUUCGUAUGGUCUCGAGAGAGAUCUCAGUGGGGUUAUUGGUUGGGCUCGAGGCAGCGCACACCACCCUCGACACUGGCCUACUAGUCGGAAGGUCUACGAUACGGCUUUGAUCAUUUUGCUGGAGCUUUACACAACAGUCAUCAGUACCACAGGAGCAGCGGCUGCUGAUGCUGCUGGGCCAGAGUGUGGCAUGGGCAAGAUCACGGCACUGGUUGCCUUCACCUUCAUGUACCAGCUUGGCCAAGCAAUCGGAGGCUAUUUCAUACCUCCACUCUCAGAGCUUGCGGGCCGGAGAUACCCAUAUCUCGUGUCCUCGGCCGCCUUCAGCAUUUUCUGUGCAGUAAUACCUGCUGGGAGCUCAUCGACACCAGCGACCAUCUUUGUCGGGAGAUUCAUCACAGGCUUCGCAUCCGCCGUACCCUCAGUCGUCAUCGCAGGUAGCGUUGAGGACCUCUUCGACACGCGGGCUCGGGUGUGGGUUGUUGUCCUCUGGAAUGCCGCAACUACGAUCGCCCUCUGUAUUGGGCCAAUCUACGCAUCUUACAUCAUUGCGUCACCUCAGGGCUGGAAGUGGGUCUAUUACAGCGCGUCCAUCACCACAGGUGUGCUCACAUUGGCCCUCGUCGGAGUGAGGGAAAGCCGGCCGAGUGUCUUGCUGAGGCGCAGGGUGGCAAAGCUAGCACAGGAACAGGGUGACAACAUUGAUGACUUACGAUGGAAAAAUGCCGACCCGAGGCAGGGAGGCUGGAAGACGUUCGCGCACAUAGUGGUCAUCAGGCCGGCGUGCAUACUGCUCACCGAGCCACUUGUGGCUCUCAUUGCCUUCAUCUCGGGUAUCUCAUGGGGUGUCAUCUACCUGUUCACGGAGUCCACACGCGGGAUUUACCAGUCCAUGGGCUUCGACAAGACGACGGCCUCGUUGCCGUUCGUAGCCCUUGCUUGUGGGGUCUGCUUGACGUUCCUUCCACGUCUUUGGGAUAUGAAAGUCGUCUCUCGUCGUCAAAAGGCCAAAGAGCCGGUCGAGCCUGAGGAUAAAAUCAUGGGCUUCGCCUUCGCAGCACCGGCCCUGACCAUCGGUCUCUUCUGGUUCGCAUGGACCGUCCCGCCAGCAGCACCAAGUCUGCCCUGGAUCAUCCCCACACUCGCCUUGGUGCCCAUCGGCUUCGCCGUCAACGAGAUCGCAUACACACUUAGUGGCUUCUUGGCGGACUCAUACCUACUUUACAGCGCUUCCGCGUUUUCUGGCCUUGCCUUCGUCAGAGCCAUUCUCUCUGGUGUCAUGACGCUCGUGGCGCAGCCCAUCGCCGUGGGUCUUUUUGCGCUACAGCAAAAGGCUGAGACAGGCGAGUCCUUUUGCGCGGUAUAG